AUGGCUUCCCCUCAGCGCCAAUACAAUACCCUUCAGUCUUCGAGCCAGGACUCCAGUGUUCCUGUGCCUCGGUUGUCGCAGAAUCGGGACGACUACGACGAUGAAGUGCGUCGACCGUUGCUGGGUUCUGCGCCGUCCUCAUCGGCCCCGAUAGAUGGCGGCGGCUUGGAGGGCAAGGAGGGUUCGCAGCCCUCGUGGGUGCGGGUUGUCGGCGACAACGCGAAAGAGAUCUGGCUGCAGAGCAAGGGCAUGAUCCUGGUGAUGAUGGCGCAGUUUUUUGGAGCUUCGAUGAAUGUCAUGACGCAGAUUCUGGAGCUUCAAGGCGGAUUGGAUCCGUUUCAGGUCCUCUUUGCCCGCAUGUCAGUCACGGUCGUGGCAAGCUAUCUCUACAUGUGGUAUAAGGGGGUCCGCCAUCCCUUUGGAACACGGCCCGUGCUGGGAUUGUUGAUCUUCCGUGCCAUGGGCGGCUUCUUUGGCGUCUACGGUAUCUACUACGGCGUCCAGUAUCUGCCUCUGUCCGAGGCCACCGUCCUGACGUUUCUGGCCCCGAUCCUCACCUGCUACGCUUGCUCACUUUUCCUCCCCAACGAGACCUUCACCCGCAAACAGCAGCUGGCCGGUCUGAUCUCGCUGGUUGGCGUCGUGCUCAUCGCACGGCCCUUUUCCGCCGCCACCCCUUCCUCCGGCGCGCCUCCGGACGCCGGAGCGUUGGAGUCCCGCAAGCCGGGCGCGGCCGACGAAUUCCACCACGUCCUGGCCAUCUGUGCCUUACUCAUGGGCGUCGUGGGCGCGGCAUGUGCGUAUACGGCGAUCCGGAUCAUCGGACAGCGCUGCCAUGCCCUGGUCUCCGUGACGUAUUUCUCGCUGUUCACGACAAUCGUGUCCUUCCUGGCGAUGCUGCUGGUGCCCUCGGUGCCGUUCAAGUUGCCUGAAUCGGGAUUCGAGUGGGCCUUGAUCGCGGGACUUGGGAUCUGUGGGUUCUUGCUGCAGUUCUUGCUGACCACCGGGUUGGCAUACGUGCCUCCGCCCCCGCGACAGCGCAAGACGCCCGGUUUGGCCGACACCAAUGGUGUCUCUUCUGGUGGUGAUGAUAAGCCGGCCAAGUCCUCUUCGGGCUCCCGUGCUACAUCCAUGAUCUACACGCAGAUGCUGUUUGCGUUGUUUUAUGACAAGACCGUCUGGGGGAACACGCUUUCUCCGAUGAGCUGGUUGGGUUCUGCACUGAUUGUGGGGAGUGCAUUGUAUGUUGCGCUGGUGCGGGAUGGACAGUCCAGCAGGAAGAGCGAUGUCGCUGCACCGGUAGCCGAGGAGAACGCAGCGAGGGGCGAGGAGGCUGCAUGA